AAAUGAAAAGAAAACCAAAUCAGCAAAAUUAUGAAAAUUAUUCUCUUUCUUUGUUUUUUAUUAAUUUUUGUGACAAAUUCUUUAACAAGUGAACCAAUCGUUAUUGAACCACGUCAAGAAUUAUCAAUCGAACAAUUAUGGCAACAAAUUGAUAUGGUAUUGGAAUUGAUGCAAUUAAAUCGUACACUUGGUGAUUUAAUUGCAUCAAGUGAUCAAGAUUUUUCACGACCAUUAGAAAAUCUAACCGAUUGUUAUGCAUUUGAAGUUAUCGAUGAUCAAAAUCGAUCAACAUUUAUUAAUAUUUUCGAUGAAAAUCGUCAAUUUAAUGAUAUUGUAAAAUUUUUCUAUCAAGCAUUUCAAAAUCUUAACGAUGAUGAUAUACAAAAUGCCCUGGUUACGUUUGGUCCAUUAUACAUUGGUGUUAAUGCUGAUCGAUUAUCAAGAAAUUAUCGUGGUGGUAUUGUUGAUGAUCGAUCAUGUCCAAAACAAAUUAAUCAUGCUGUAGUAUUGGUUGGCUAUACACCUGCGGCAUGGAUUUUAAAAAAUACCUGGGGACGAUCAUGGGGUGAACGUGGUUAUUUUCGUUUAGCACGUGGACAAAAUAUAUGUGGUGUUAAUACUGAAAUUGCCUAUCCAAUAAUUUGAAAAAAGAAAUUAUCAUUUUUUAUUUGCAAACAUUAUCAAAAGAUGGCGUUUAAAACAGAUAAUUA